GUGUCAAGUGUCAGUGUAUAAGAGGCCAGCAAGGAAGGCGUCUCCCAGCUAGGAAUAAGUACUGAUAGCCACAUGGCGGCGCCGGUGGAGGUCGGCGAGCGGGGGUCCAUCGGCUCGCUGGUGCGCCGGGAGGCCGAGUACUUCAGGAAGAUGGAAGUCGAUCGUCAGCUCCACGGCCACGGCAAGAAGAGCAGCAAGGCUGCAGCCAACGGAGGAAGCACCCAGAUCAAGACGACGAAGAAGAAGGGUGCAGGUGGCGGAGGGUUCUUGCCGAGGAUGUGCUCGUCGGCGGAGGUGGCGGAGGCUGCCGGCAGCGGCUUGAGAGAGCGACCUGCGAGGGUCCGGUACCGGCAUCUCGGGGCAGAGGGGGACUCUCUGCAUCAACACUAGGCAUGCAUGCCGAGGCCAGCCAAUCAGAUCCAGAGAGAAGCACGUUCAUUCUAUUCCUUUUUUCUCGAUUUGUUCAGUGUUAGGAAUUAAGAGUGUUAAAGCAUGGCAAUUAGGGUUUGUUUGGUUUUGACGCCGCAAGUUGCCACGGUUAAAGUUAGGCGCACCCCGAAGUUCUAAAAUGGCUAACUUUGUGGCAAAAUGUUGUUGUUUGGUUGGCUGCCAAGCUUAACCUUAGUUAUGGUAAAUUGAAUGUGGCUACCAUUUGGAUUGCAACCAAAAGAUCUGCCACAAGUUUAACAAA